UAAUAUAAUUCAAAGAAAAUGUAUUCAAUUCAAGUGGACAAAAUAUUCCAGCAAAUUCUAAAAUUAUUUUACCAAAUUGGAAUAUGGCAACGUGACGAAGAACCUAAUUACCGUAAAAUUGGCAAGAAAUUAUUCUACACGUUGUUUGGUGCUCUGUUCCCGAUUAUCUUUGCAACUAACGGCUAUCUAUGUGUUGAUCGAAAUGAAUCGAUUUUUUCUGGCCAGAUGGUCAUUCUACUAUGGGUUGUAUACGUGAAAUUUUUGUACCUUCUGUUCAAGGAGCAAGAAAUUAUCGAAUUUUUGAAUGAUCCGAUAGUCGUUCACUCAAUUGAAAAUCGUGAUGAAUACCAGCAAGCGAACAAAAAGAUCCAAAAAUUUAUCGGAUUCGUUCGUCCAUAUUUUUUUACGCUACUUACGACUGCUGUUUUGCUCAUUACUGUAAAAUUACCAAUUUUCUCCGCCGAUAAAGGAUUGCCUGCUUUUAUAAGCUUCUCCUGGAAUGAUUCACAAAUUAUCUAUUGGUUCACUUACAUUCUCGUCUCAUUGUCAGUAGUGUUGUACUGCGUAGUAAAUUGGAUGACUCCACUAGUUUGGUACAUAAUGUUGAAUUAUUCUGUGGAGUACCAAUUGUUGGGAAAUAAAUUUAAUAAAUUGAAAGGAGUGACAACCAACAAUAUUCGGGACAGAAACGAAACACAAAAGAAAAUUAGUAAAAAAGUGUUGAGCCUGACAACCUACAAUUUGAUACAACAAAGUAAACAAUUCGUCGAAAAUUUAAUAGUUCUGGUAAAAGCACAUCGAAACUUAAACGAAACAGUCGAACGAUUCAGAUCCUGUUUCUCAACAUUAUUUCUGGCCCAAAUCACAACCAGUGGCAUAAUAAUUUGUGUUUCUGUUUAUAACUUGGCCUUUGCUUCGAACCAAAAUUUUGUAAAAACGGAAUUUUAUGUGGUUGAACUGCUCUAUGGAAUUUUUGAUAUUUUUCUGGUUAUGUACCUCGCAAAUGACAUCACCCUGGCGAGUGACCGACUAUCUUACUGCUUAUUUGAGUCAAAUUGGAUAGAGCAAACUGAAUCAUGUAAGAAAUAUGUUCUCAUCAUGGGCGAAGUGUUGAAGCAGCCACAACAGUUGGCGGUCUUGAUAUAUCCAAUGAACUUGGAAACUUUUAUGACGAUUAUUAACAGAGCCUACAGCAUGUUCAACAUCUUGAAAAGCUUUCAGUAAAAUGCCAAUGAAACGAGA